AUGGAAACCUACAAGAAACGUUUAUCUCCUCUAUUAAAAUCUAAAGAGCUUAUUCAACAUCGAUCAAAAUUACCUAAACGUUCAAUCGGUGUUAAUUCUUUACCUCCUAAACUUGACCUUUUACCCAUUAAUUUGGUACUCAUUUCUACAUUAGAUGGUAACUUACAUGGUGUUAACCGAUAUACUGGUCAAGUAUUAUGGAGUUUAGAAGGUUCUAAUGGUUCUUUGAUCAGAACCUUUACACGACCCUCUACGAAACAACCAAAUUUUACAAAUAAUAAUGAACGUAAUGGUGAAGCUAUUAUUGACGUUGAUGUCGGUGAUAAAAAUAAGAAUGUUGAAAAUGUUUAUAUGGAUAAUGAUCAAAAAUCCGAUAGUUCGCGCCUUACAAAAUUAAAAGAUGAAAGUAUUGAAGAUGAGGAUGAUUCGGAUAAAAUUACUUAUAUUGUUGAACCUAAUAACGAUGGAAUAUUAUAUAUGUUCUCCCCCAAAAAUGGUUUACAGAAAUUUCCAUACACUGUAAAACAAUUGGUCAUGAAUUCUCCAUUUCGUUCUGUUGACGGAAAAGUUUUUAUUGUAGGCAGUAAAUCCACAAAAUUUUUUGCCAUCGAUCCCACAACUGGAAAGAUGCUUCAAUUUUUCAAUAGUGAAGGUGAUACUGAUAAUGAAUGUCCAUCAAUGGGUUCUUUACCUAGAGAUUCUUUAUAUGUGGGAAUGAAUGCAUAUAAAAUUUCGAUAUUUGAUUAUCGUGGUACUUCUAAAUGGAAUCUUACAUAUACUGAAUAUGUACCUCAUAGUUUUGAUGUUAAUAUUGAAUUAAUGCAUAAAACUUCACCCGAUGGUUUAUAUAUUUCUUCUACUCACAGUGGUGAAGAUUUACCAAGUGGUCUUCAUAUUGUUAAACAACCUAAACCUUCUACUACUUAUUAUGAAAAUUUAAAAAAAGUGAACUUUCCUUCUCGUUUAUCCGCAUACAUUGGUGAUGUUGAUGGUACUUUAUUCGCAAUGUCAGCUGAAAAUUAUCCGUUAACUCAAUUUAUGGCUUAUCACAUUCCUAGUGAUAAGGUUGGUGAUGAAGAAUCAAAAGGUGGAGAACGUUGUCAUCCAGGUUCAAAUAAUUUCCCUUCAUGUUUGGUUGGGAAUCAUAUAAUGGCUCCUCCUGAAAAACAUCGACCUGGUAUUGAAGGACCUCCUAAUAUAAAGGAUAAUAAUAAAAUCAAAACUAUUGAAUUUGAACAUCCAAAAACCAUUGCACAAGAUUUAUUUAUUGGAAUAAAAAACAAGGAAAUGAAAUUAAGUCUUGAUGUUCCUAAAAAGAAAAAGAAAAAUGGAAAAAAUCCGGUAGUAGUUACAAAAAAGAAGGAAAAUGAUGAAAAGGUGAAAGUUCAAAUUCCAACAAAAGUUAAUCCUCCCACGAAAGUUGUUGAAGAUACUACUAUCAAUUUAACCAAUCAUAACACAACUAAAAAUGUUCAGACCAUAACGGAGAACAACAUAACAUCUACAGUAACCAAUGUUAAUGGUUAUGGAAGUCAUGGUACAAUUGUGUACAAAGGAUCGUUCGAAGGACGUGAUGUUGCGGUAAAACGUUUGUUAAUCGAUUUUUAUGACAUCGCACACCACGAAGUUUCAUUACUUCAAGAAAGUGAUGAUCAUCCGAAUGUUAUUCGUUAUUAUUGCAAGGAGCAGUGUGAUCGAUUUUUAUAUAUUGCACUUGAACUUUGUCCAGCAUCUUUAUAUGAUUUAAUUGAGCGAGGUUCAACGUUUCAACAUUCAAAUCUAUUGUCAACACUUCAUCCAUCAAAAGUUUUAUAUCAAAUUAUUUCGGGUCUACAUCAUUUACAUUCAAUGAAGAUUGUCCAUCGUGAUAUUAAACCACAAAACAUUUUAUUGGCACCCUCGAGAUAUAAAAAAUUUACAAAAAAGGAUGGUAUCACACAAGAGACGAAAUCAGUUAGGGUUUUAAUAUCGGAUUUUGGUUUGUGCAAAAAAUUGGAAGGAGAAUCAAGUAGUUUUCAUAAUACCACGAACAAUGCCGGAGGAACAAUUGGUUGGAGAGCACCGGAAUUACUUUCACCAUCAUCACCUCCAUCCCCUGAUAAAUAUGAGAAUGGACAACCACGUAGAGUUACAAAAGCGAUUGACAUUUUUUCUGCUGGUUGUUUAUUUUAUUAUGUAUUAUCUGAUGGAGAUCAUCCAUUUGGUGAUCGUUAUUCAAGAGAAAUUAAUAUUUUGAAAGGAGUUUAUGAAUUGAAUAAAUUAGAUGGAGUAGGUGAGGAAGGAAUUAUGGCAAGAGAUUUAAUAGAGAGAAUGAUUGAACGGGAUCCAAAGAAGAGGUAA